UUGUAAAUGCGGCAUCAGAAGGUAAACGACUGGAAUGGUUGUUUGCGAGCUAAAAUAGCCGGAAUAAGAUCAGGAAGAGAAGAGGACAGCUCCUCAUGAAUGGAUAUAUCGACCUACGUUUCCUGUACAUUCAUUUUUUGUUUCAUUUUCUUUUUUCUUGCUUAUGCUAAGCUACCUAACAGAAGCUAACUCUGCUCGCAUUUUGACAGCUCAGUCAGACGGUCGGCUAGUUAGCUUUGGGCUGACUAUCCACGGAAUUGAAGCACAAGCUAACACCGGCGGCUUAAGCAGACAGAAACGCUCUCCCGUGUCAUGCAUGCAGCCAGCCAUCUAGCCUGUGCUUUGUGCACCCCCAAGCCCUAUAGGACAAUGCACUAGCAGUAGUUGGAGGCUCUUCCUCCUUUUAGCCUCAGUUUCUCCCCUUUGCCCCCAUCCAUCCCACACUUCCCUAUGUUAACCCUCUUGAGCAUGUUUUACUACAUAUGUCUGCGGCGGCGCUCCAGGAGUGGGACUCGAGGGGAGGCCCUGAACAGCCGGCGGGCCGUGGAGUCCGGUCAGAGGGCGGUGCUGCCAGUCAGUGUGGAGGUUGAGCAGUAUGCCAAGGAGGUUUUGGACUUCAGCUCCCAUUAUGGCAGUGAAAAUAGCAUGUCCUACACCAUGUGGAACUUGGCCGGGGUACCCAAUGUCUACCCCAGCUCAGGGGACUUCACCCAGACUGCCGUGUUCAGGACCUAUGGGAAAUGGUGGGAACAGUGUGCCAGUGCUCCACUGCCUUUUCGCCGCACGCCUGAAGGUUUCAACAGUCAGGAUUACAUAGAACUGGGCUUUGAGGAGCCAGUCUACCCCACAGCAGUGGAAGUGUUUGAGACCUAUUACCCAGGAGCCAUUGUGCAGAUUCUGGCUUGCUCUCACAACCCAUUCUCUCAGAACCCAGCGACGGACGUCAGGUGGGAGGUGUUGUGGUCAGGGGAGCCCACAAAGGUGCUGACCCCUCACGCACGGCAAUUUUCCCCAAAGAUCAAGCACAUCAACUUCCCCACAAAUCUGCUGCGCCUUGAGGUCAACAGCUCUCUGCUGGACUACUACACUGAGCUGGACGCUGUUAUCUUGCGCGGGGUGAAAGAGAGGACCAUGCUGGCGCUUUAUAAGAUACCCCACAUCGACAUAAGUGACCUGAGUGACAGUGAGGAGGAGCUGUGUGAUGCUGGAGGUCCUUUCACGCACCAGAGGACGGGCAAUGGCUACUUUGACAAACUGCCUUAUGAGCUCAUCCAGCUGAUACUGAGCCACCUGACCCUGCCAGACCUCUGCCGUCUGGCUCAGACCUGCAAGCUGCUGCACCAGCACUGUUGCGACCCGCUGCAGUACACCCAGCUGAGUCUGCAGCCCUACUGGGCCCGGCUAAAUGACGCUUCCCUGGGACACCUGCAGAGCCGCUGCACCCUCCUCCAGAGGCUCAACCUGUCCUGGACCGGCAACCGUGGAGCUUUUACUCUGACAGGCUUCAGCAGUUUCCUGAAGGCCUGUGGGCAAAGCCUGGUCUGCCUGGAACUGUCAUGCUGUCACUUCCUGAAUGAAGCCCGUCUGGAGGUCAUCUCUCAGGCUUGUCCUGGCCUGCAGGAGCUCAAUCUGUCCUCCUGUGACCGCCUCCACCCGCAGGCCUUCACACACAUCUCUAAGCUCACACAUCUCCGCAGGCUGGUGCUCUACCGCACCAAGAUCGAGCAAACGGCCAUCCUGAGCAUCCUGACUUUCUGCGUAGAGCUGAGACAUCUCAACCUGGGGAGCUGUGUGAGGAUCGAUGACUAUGAUGUGGUAGCCAGCAUGUUGGCGGCGCGCUGUCGCUCCCUGUGCUCUCUGGACCUGUGGCGCUGCAGAAACCUGACUGACCGAGGCCUCAAUGAGCUCGUUUCCGGGUGCAGGAUGCUGGAGGAGCUGGACCUGGGCUGGUGUCCCACGCUGCAGAGCAGCACCGGCUGUUUCCAGCAGCUCGCCCGCAGUCUGCCUCGCCUCCGAAAGCUCUUCCUCACUGCCAACCGUACCGUCUGUGACUCCGACAUAGAGGAGCUGGCUGCCUGGUGUCCCUCCCUGCAGCAUCUCGACAUACUCGGUACCCGCUUAGUGGGUGCUGCCUCUCUGAAGAAACUCCUGCAGGCUUGUCCGAAGCUUCUCCUCCUGGACAUCUCCUUCUGCUCUCAGAUCGACAUGCGGGUGGUCCAAGAGCUGUCCAGCCUCUUCCCCAACGUUUUCAUCAAGAAGAGUUUCACUCAGUGACUCCAGAGUUCCUCUUCUUACUGCCAAGAGGAGAAAAGCAGUCCAGCAGAUGCAGCUCCGUCCGGUCAGAGUCUUCUGUUAGUCAGUCGACAAUAGGGUUACAGAGCUGGAGGGUUGUGUACGUUUUUAAGAAUUUGUUUUGCUUGUGUCUCAACGUAAGGAUUCAUUUUAGUUGUAACUGUUUUCACCUCAUAAAGGUUUGGGUCGUUCGCUCAGUGCCUUCUUAAAACACACGUUAAUGCUUCCCUCUCAUUUUAAAAAGUCACCACUCUUACUAUUCGGGACAAAUUCAACGUACAAAACAAACGUUUUUGCUUUUUCCUGUUGGCUAUAACACUGGGGUUUGAGUGAACCUCUAAAAGGUGGAUUCCUUCAGUCUGGAUCUGCUCUUGAAUAGAAAUGAAUGUUUUCCAUCAUGUAGGACAGAGAGAGCACACCUUCUCCCUCAGAGCUCUCUGAUUCGAGGAACCAACUUCUAGAGACAGUUGGAGGAUUUCUUUAAAAUGAUGAAUUUUCUUUUGCAUAGAGAACUGCUGACAAAAAUGAUCUAAUCUUUAUAGUAAUUCAGGUUGUAUUUUGUAAACAUAAUAAUGAUGAGAACACAAGAGUUUUCUUUUCUUGACGUAUCUGAUGCAUGUAGUUAAUUCGUCUGAAAUUCUGCAGCUUAUUUAAAGAGAAAAAAAUGAACCAAAAGUGUUUCUAAUGGAAAGAGACGUGAACUUGAAACAGGAAAGAAUGAAGCUACAUUUUUGUUCUGUUUUUUUAUUUUUAUUUUUUAACAUUGCAGUAAAUCAGGUUAGCUUUGGAGUAUAUAUAUUUAAAAUUGGAUGAAAUAUUUGCUCUUUGGUGACUUUUCCUUCUGGUUUGGCGGUUAUUCAUAAGAGAAUAAUGAUUUCAAUAAGUUUUUUCUGCUAUGAUGCAUUUUAAGGUUUUUGUGUUUACACCUUUUCAACAUAACAGCUGGCCCAUGUGACUUUAGAUUUAGAAAUGAUUACACGACCGUUUUUAGAGCCCUCCACAUUCCACUGACUCCUGUUUCACUUCUGCCAUGUCAGCGCUUUUCAUCCUCGCCUUUCAGAAUCUUCCUGUUUUGUUUGUACUUGUUCUAAAACUGAGACCAGGUUAACUGAAAACUGCAAAUAUCUUUUAGCAGAUGUGCAGAAAUGGAACCCCUCUGGUCUUUGUUGUGGCAGACAGAGCUCCUGUUUGCUGUCACUCAGUCAUCUGCUUUACCUGCAGCCUCAUUUCCAUGGUUUACACAUGAAUUUUCUUAGUUGUAAUAAGUUCAUUUUAUUUAGGCUGCAGCCUUGAACCUUUAGGUUUAUAUUUGUCCUAGAAGGUUAUCAAUUAAAAAGCAUUCAUUCAGGCCUGUCAGACAAUAAUUAAAACAAUGAGAGUGGUUUCUUUUUAAAAUGUUGUUGGUCUGAGCCUGUUGGAUUCAAGUCUGGGUUGCUCCAGUGUGUUGUUGUGUAAAAGCUGACAUUCGAACAGUAAACUGUGCGACUAAAACUGAAGAUGAAGAAACACCUUCAUCUGUAGCACUGAAAUGCACUGAUGACACAUUUAUGAAGAACUUGAAAACAAUUUUCUGGUCUUUUACCGGUCAACAGAAAAGCAGAAAAAAAACACACAUUUGCAGAUUAAAUCAACCGUAGGGAGUCUCUUAAAAGGUUUUCAGCCGUGUGUCAGCACAUUUCAGGAGAAAAACUUUCUCUUUUAAAAAUACAGAUCUUUUUGUAAAAUGUAGUUUUCUGUUAAUUUUUUUUUUUCUUGUACUGGAUCAUCCGUUCACUAAUUUGACCUUUUUUCUUUCAUAAUGAGAAUCACUUAAGCGUGAUUAAACUGAAUUGUCGCUUAAGAAAUUUUUUUUUUUUUUUUUGCUGCCAAACUCAGUAAAAACACUUUUUUUGAGUGCAGGACUAUCAGUGUGUAGUGUAGUAUUUUUGCAUCAAAAUAACCAAAAAUAUCAGCUAAUUGGAAAACAGAAAAAGUGAUUUCUUUGUAGCAAAAUAAGGAAAUUAAAUGUAGUUUCAGAUUUUGCCUUAUUUAAAUUGACAUUUUUGUUAAAACAGGGUUUAUGCUGAAAUCUUCUGGUGUUAUUAUUAUUAUCCAGGUACUCUGAACUGGUUUGCACUUUGAUUUUCAUUUUGUUUUUGUCUUAUAAAGUCAAAACCUGUGAUCUAAAUGGAGGGCAGCCUAUUUUUUGGGACAUGUGACCACUGUUACCUCAGUGUCUGAUGUAAUACUCAGGGUUUGUACAUCAUCCUCACACAAACGACAUCACAAACCAACACUUUAGUUACUCAGACGAAGAAGAGAUCCUUUCACAUCUGUGCUUGUCAUUUAACAAAUAUAUCGCUGAUGGUGAACAUUUGAUGUGUGCUUGGUCAUUUUUUAUUUUAGAAAAAGACUUUCAGUUUAAUGUUGUAAAUAUUUGUGCCUUAAGCUGCUGAAUGUGGUGGUGUGGAUUGUAGUGGUUUGCAGAGCUUAUCCAAAGUACAUUGUAGUCUGAAUCAGAAAUGGAUUUGUCAUAAACUGUAUAUCAGACAAGUGGACUUAUAUGCAAUGUUAUAUAUAUAUGUUUCUACUUUGCUCCUGCUGUAUCCCAGUUUUCCUCUGGUUUAAAUUCAUGUCUAUGGAACUUUAACUGUUUAGAGUUUUAUUGAGUGAGUUCCAAAGUUACGCCUAACUGAGAUGACAUUUCAUCUAAAUGUUUGUUUUCAGAACUUUUUAGCCGCGUUCUGCUCUUCAUGAUGAAGCGGAGUGGGUCACUCCUUCAGAUGAUGCAAACAUGACUGAAGCUGCCGCCGGUUGUGAUUAUUUAACCACAUUUAUUUGGAAAAAUCCAGGGAGUUCUGUCAACUGCUGCAGUGAAACUCCAGCAUGAGAGAUGACGGUCAGGAUGGAACUGGUUGCUCCUCUGUAAUCUAUAUGCAGUCCGGUCACGCGAUCGACCUCCGCGGUGUGCUCUGGCAGGACGUCCCGCUUCACUUUCACAGGGUUUUGAAAUAAAGUGAAGGCUGACGACUGA